AUGGCAAGCAAACCCCCCUCCCCAGAACAGAUCGAGUCCGCAGACACCAUCACCCCAGCCACCGACACAGCAGACAGCGACACCCCCAAACCAACGCCAACCGCCGAAAAAGCCGCGCAAUUCCUGGCCUCCACAACAGUCGACCGCACCUUCACGCCAGAAGAAGAAAAGGCCGUCCUCCGACGCAUCGACCUGCGCGUCCUCCCCCUCCUCCUGGGCGCAUACUUCUUCCAACAACUCGACAAAUCCAGCCUGUCGUACGUCUCGAUCUUCGGGCUCGUCGAGGACGCAAAGCUCGUGGGCCAGCAGUACUCAUGGCUCGGGUCGAUCCUGUACCUGGCCCAGCUGGUCAUGCAGCCGCUGGCGGCGCUGGUGCUGGUCAAGUUGCCCACGGGCAAGGUCAUUGCGGCGGCGAUCUUUCUGUGGGGGAGUUCUCUGACCAUUAUGGCGGCUUGCACGGAUUUUCCGAGUUUGCUGGGACUAAGGUUUUGUUUGGGGGCUUUUGAGUCCAUGAUUGCACCCUCAUGCAUUGCCGUAACGCAGAUGUGGUGGCGCCGCGGCGAGCAGACGUGGAGAGCAGCCCUCUGGAACGCCAUGAACGGGGUAACCGCAAUCGUCGGGUCCCUGUUCACGUACGGCCUCGGCCACAUCCACAGCGACACGCUCUUCUCCUACCAAAUCAUCUUCAUCCUGUGCGGACUACUGACGGUCGCGUACUCGUUCGUCGUGCUGAUCUUCAUGCCGGACUCGCCCAUGGAAGCGAAGUUCCUGGGCGAGCGCGAGAAGGUCAUUGCCGUUGAGCGACUGCGCGCGAACCAGAUGGGCGUUAUUUCAAGAGAGUGGAGGUGGGAUCAUGUUUUGGAGACGAUGGUCGAUGUCAAGACUUGGGUUUGGUUUCUGCUUAUUGUUGCGAUUUCGAUUCCCAGCGGUGGAAUCAGUACGUUCGGCUCGUUGAUCAUUACGUCCUUCGGGUAUACGAACUUCACGGCCAUUCUGUUUAACCUUCCGUUCGGGGCUAUCCAGUUCGUGAUUAUUCUGCUGGGUGGCUGGCUGGCGACGAAGUUCCGCACCAAGGGACUUGUUAUUGCCGGGAUCGCCAUGAUUGCGGCUGUUGGGACGAUCAUCAUGCUCACGGUUUCGAGGGAGCAGAAGGGCGUGUUGCUGUUCGGGUACUACUUGGUAUCCUGUCUCGCCGGCAUAACGCCCCUUGUCUACGCAUGGGAAGCGCAGAAUACCGCGGGUGACACGAAGAGGAAGUGUACUUCGGCCGUUGUGCUGGUUGGGAUGUGCACCGGCAACGUCAUCGGCCCCCAGCUCUACUCCCUCGAGCAAGCCCCCGAGUACCGACCCGGAUUGAUCUCCAAUCUAGUCAUGUUCAUCCUUGUUGCCAUUAUUGCUGUGAUUGCCGACUUAUACCUCUACUGGCUCAACAAACGACACGCUAAACGACGCGAAGCGCUUGGUAAAAAUGCACGAGUUGUUGAUGAGAGCAUGAUGGGGAAGAACAAACUGCAGGAAACCAAGGCUGGUGAAGUGGAAGAUGGCGCGAAGGGGGAGGAGAGGGUCGUUGACAAGGGUUUCCAGGACACAACGGAUCUGAAGAACGAGGAUUUCAUCUAUGUGUAUUAA